AUGUGGCAAGAUGAUGAAAUGGAGAAAAGAGAUUCAGAAUCUGACCUCGGGGAUAGGCUCUGUUGUGUUGAUUCCCUCAAUCUGGAGGCGGGCAGAGUUCCAUCCGGCCAGAAUCAUGCUGCCAAGGUCCGAAUUUUGUCUUAAAUUUUUUAUUUCCCGGCAUGCAAGGAGAUAUUUGCUUCUGUGAGCAUACUAUAUCAGACAUGAUUGGCGUAAAAAUAGAAGUUCGACUCUAACCAGGAUUGAAAGAAAUUCGAGCAUGGACGAUUUCUCCAUUGUUUCCACAAGGCGUUGAAUGAUGAAUUUAUGGGUUGUUUUGCUUCGCGCAGGAUGGGUGGGGAAGGACACUGCUCCUGGCGUUCCAGGCCAUCGGAGUGAUACAUGGUGACAUCGGGACGUCCCCGCUGUAUGUCUACGCAAGCACCUUCAGUCAAGGGAUUGGCGAGGAAGAUGACAUCUUGGGUGUCCUGUCCCUGAUCAUCUACACACUGAUCUUGAUACCGAUGUUGAAGUAUGUCUUCAUCGUACUGCAGGCCAACGACCACGGUGAUGGUGAGUCAAAGCACUCAAAGUCGGUUGUGUGAAACAUAAAAGUCCACCCAUAAAGCUUUGAUAGUCCUACGAGCAUGAUCUCACUAACUUUGGUCGCCUCAAAGUUGCAUCCGGUUAGGAGCUGACAUGGGUAGAUAAAAAUCUUAGAAAAAUAGUAUAUCUUGCCAAAUCAUGUACAUGUACAGAGAAAGGUUUACAUCUUUCUCCGAGGAGGUUUAUAUCUUAUGCUGGCAAAAAUAUCAAUUCUGUAGACUAUGUGAAAUAAAUAAACGAACGUGUAUCUACCGGCAGAAAAGUGUCAUGAUUCUUACUCUUGCAGGUGGAAGCUUUGCCCUGUACUCCUUGAUAUGUCGCUAUUCCAGAGUGGGUCUGGUUCCUAAUCAGCAGGUGGAGGACAUGAUGGUGUCAAAUUACAAAUUGGAAACACCGACAAGAAACAUGAAGAGGGCAGAGUGGAUAAAAGAGAAGAUGGAGACUAGCAAUGCAGCUAAGGUUGCGCUCUUUGUCACAACAAUUCUCGCAACUUCAAUGGUGCUUGGCGAUGGCAUCUUAACACCAUGCAUCUCUGGUAUGUAACAACCAUUCGUAGCAAAAAAUGUAUUCUACUCUCUCUCUCUCUCCCUUCCAUAUUGCAUACACAUCUAGGGUCAGGGUUAGGUCACAGAAUCAGCUGAUUUCUAAUGGAUUCCUGGCUGAUUACUGAGAAGUCCACUUCCAAUCUGUUUGAAUGAUAUCCAGCCAAUCUAGCUGACCGAAAUCCACACGCAUAGGUUACUGUAACCAACGAAAAUUAAAAAUUUGACGCUUGACUUAAUUUAUUUAUUUUCUUGAUUUUCUGUCAUUGUUUUUUUGAGCUUCAGUACCAAAAGAUACCACCUUUUAUUCGGCAUAUAUGUGCACAGUCUCAGUAGAAAUAUCUGCCUUGCAGUGCUUUCUGCAGUCAGUGGGAUCAAGGAAUCGAGUUCCCUCGAUCAAGGUAUAAAAGAUAUCCAUACCAUUUUCAGUUACUGAACCAUCUGCAUGAAAAUCAUUAGCUUCUCAAUAGCAUGCUGAUUUCUUCCCUGAAGUAAGCUGAUAGGCAAGGAGACAGAUGAAGAAAAACUUGUUUUAAAGGGUGCGUAUACAAAUAUACAUACCUACAUGCAUGCAUGGAUUUAAAUCAAGAUAUAAAAGAUUUCCAUACCAUUCUCGGUUACCAAGUACCGAGAUGACAAAUAUUAGUUGAUCUGUAUCGUGUUGAUUUGUUCCCUGAAGUUGGGUAAGAGGGGAAGAUGACAGGUGCGAGAAAUUUUUUCGUAAACAGUGUCUAAUUUUUAAUAAGAAUAUGUGUAUUGACUCCAAUUUAUCAUCAGCAACAAACAUGAAUUCCAUUCACAGCUCAAAUUGCUGACGAUCUUAAAGUUUAUGGAGCCGAUCAUAUGAACAGUCUCUCUGACCAAUGCAUCUUUACAAUUUCAAGCUUGCAACACUGAUCAAUCUUCUUUUCUGAAGGUGCCGUCGUUGGAAUCUCCAUAGCAAUCUUGAUCGUUCUUUUUUCCGUUCAACGGUUUGGAACCAACAAAGUGGGAUACUCAUUUUCCCCCAUAAUCCUAAUAUGGUUCACUUUCAUUGGCGGAAUUGGACUCUACAACUUAUUCAAGCACGACGUGAAGGUUCUGCGUGCAUUCAAUCAAGAGAAAUGGAAGAAAAGGAUGGAUCUCCCUCGGAGGUGUGGUAUUGUGCAUUACAGGUGAAUUUUCUUGAGUACCUCAUAAUAAAAAGCCUUGUUGUUCAAUUGUCUUCCACUUACCCUGCUUUCAAAUUGAUAGUUGAGAAAGCCUUAUGAUACAGGUGCUGAGGCCAUGUUUGCUGAUCUGGGCCAUUUCAACCUCAGAGCUGUUCAGGUGUGAAAUGCAACUUCUAACCAUAACUUCUCCAUAAGCACAUAUCAAGGGCUCGUUCAUGCAGACAUCUGUAUGGCGUAUUAAUAUUAGGCCAUGGAAAGCAUGGGAUAGUGAGCACCCAUUCUUUUCAUACAUGAGGAUUGCAGAAGCAAGAUUCUUUACCUUAUCCUUCAUCAGAUUAUGAGGCAUUGAUAAGAGUUCCAGUUUGAGCUCAUAGUUCUAAAUUUUUCUGUUAACAUGGCUCGCUUAUUUUUCUGUUUCACUUUCAGAUUAGCUUCACAGCAGUUUUGUUUCCUUCUGUAACUCUAGCUUACAUUGGGCAAGCAGCAUAUCUUACCAAGUUCCCCGACAAUGUCUCAGAUACUUUCUAUAAAUCUAUUCCAAGUAAGUGGUAAAGUUUUUCAUUUACUAUAGGGAAUCACAGGUGAAUUCUCACAGGACUAAUGCAGAGAUACCCAAUUGACUGCAGCUGCCCUUUACUGGCCAACCUUUGUGGUUGCAGUCGCUGCAGCCAUCAUUGCCAGCCAAGCAAUGAUAUCUGCGGCAUUUUCAAUCAUAUCUCAGUCUUUGGCUCUAGGCUGCUUCCCAAGAGUUAAAGUCGUUCACACUUCUGCCAAGUAUGAAGGACAGGUUUACAUUCCAGAGGUAAACUACAUGUUGAUGGCCGCCUGCAUCAUAGUGACGGCUACCUUCAAAACAACAGAGAAGAUUGGCCAUGCAUAUGGUAAGCUAACUGUCAACAUAGUGUGCUCAUUUGAAUCCUCAUGAUCAAGGAACUUUUCAUCGCAUUGAUACUAGGAGCCAAGAGAUGACAGACGGGCAAGACUCAAAAAAAAUGCCACUUGACAGAGAAAACACAGCCCCCAUGUUUUUUAGAGGGGUAAAAUUAACAUCAGCUGUGCGGAAAAAAUCAUAGAGGCUGCGGCAUUAAAUAUAGAACAACCGAUCAUUAUAUUUUUUCGGUUUUCCUUUUCUUUUUUUCAGAAGAAUGGAAGGAGUCUACCCUCUGAGAAAUGUUAUGAGUAAUUUCCAUGGUGUAAGGAUCGAAAUCGCAAAACCCUGAUAGGCUUUUACCUCGUGCAGGAAUUGCGGUGAUCACUGUGAUGUUGAUCACGACCUUCAUGGUUUCAAUCAUAAUGCUGGUUAUAUGGAAGACAAGCAUCUGGCGGAUUGUGCUCUUCCUUCUGGUCUUUGGAGGGAUAGAAGCAGUGUACACAUCCUCAGCCCUGUACAAGUUCUCAGAGGGAGGUUUCCUUCCUCUGGCCUUGGCCUUCUUCUUGAUGAGCAUCAUGGCCAUAUGGCACUACGUCCACAGAGAGAAGUAUCUCUUCGAGCUCAAGAACAAGGUAUCAAGCAGCUACCUAAACGACGUAGCCCUUAAUCCAGACGUGAGGAGGAUACCAGGAAUCGGGCUGCUCUACUCCGAGCUGGUGCAGGGGAUCCCCCCCAUCUUCCCCCACUUCAUCCAGAACGUGCCCUCGAUCCACUCGGUCCUCGUCUUCGUGUCCAUAAAACACCUUCCCAUCAGCCGCGUAUCCUUGGAGGAGCGCUUCCUGUUCAGGCAGGUCGGGCCGAGGGAGUUCAGGAUGUUCCGCUGCGUUGUGCGUUGCGGCUACAAGGAUGUCCUCGGAGAUUCCAGGACCUUCGAGCCGCAGCUUGUGGAGCACCUGAAGCUGUUCAUCCACCACCAGUUCUUCGUCACCGGAGGAGCCGAAGAACUCUCGCCGUCCAUGCCUGAGGCCGCGAAACCGCCGAGCCCCCCUCGCGAAGCGGGCGUAGAUCAUAAACUCGUCCAUCCCUCUGUGGACCUCGAGGAGGCUGCCAGCCGCCGUGUGGUCCCGCCUCGCGUCUCCUCGGGGUCCAUCCAGAGGGGGAACAGUGACCGCUCCGCCGGCAGGUUCGCCGCAGCUUCGAUCCAGGGGAUCGAGGAGGAGAAGCAGUUCGUACAGAGGGCAAUGGAGGACGCGGUAGUGUACCUGCUGGGGGAGGCACAAGUGGUGGCGGCGAAGAACUCCCCCUUGUUCAAGAAGAUUGUCGUCGAUCACCUCUACGACUUCCUGCGGAGGAAUUUCAGGCAAGGCAUAGAGCUGCUGCCGGUCCCCCACGGGAGGCUCCUGAGGGUCGGCAUGACCUACGAGAUCUGA